GUGAGCCGCGGAGGCUGCGCAAGUCUGGAAGCUCUUUUUAAUCAUAAAGGAAAAUGUCAUUUAAAAAGUUCUUACAUUUCGAUGGCAAAAUAUCAAAGGAGGACCAAGAGUUUUACAUCUUAAAAAAUAAAGCAGCGGAGUAUUACAGAGCUAACGGCAUCCCUCAGAAAAUAGAAGAGGUCUUAAACGAGAUGUUUUAUGAGAAGCCAGAUGAUAUUUAUGGAUAUCUGGCGAAUUAUUUCUCCGGUUUCUCACGGCCCCCCGUGAUCCGCGCGAUAACGGGGAGAGAGGUGUGUGACGCGCGAGGUGAGCCCGCGCUUCGGGCAGACGUGUAUUGCGUCAUCAGGAAUGAGGAGAAGUUGGUCUGUAGUGCAGUGAUUACUGGUGUGGAUGACGACGUAGAGGAGUCAGAGGAUGUGGUUGCUAAUGGUAACCAUCAGCAGGUGUCUGUAGCGAUGGCACUGGAGUGGAUUAGAGAGCAUCUGAGCUCCAUGCUGCAUGGUUUUAACCCCACCCACCAAACGCACCUGGACAAACUACUCAGUGAUUUCCUCUUGGCCCGCUACCUAGAGGACCAGGAUGCUCGAAGGGGAGAGGAGAAAAACGUGGAGGAGAAGAGAGAAACCGAAAAUGACGUCACACCCCCACCCGCUCCAACCAAAGACAAGAAGGGACGAGAGAAGGGUAAGAAGGGGAACGGUGGAGAGAAGCCAGUCCCGCCUCCGGAGCCAUCCGUGCCUGUGUUGCCAGGGGCGAUAGCAGUGGCUGCUAUUUCACUGGCAGCAGCCAAAUCUGCAGCAAGUCUCACAGGAGUGCCUCUCUACAAACACAUCACAACCCUUAGGGACCCGCAGGCUCUGAGUGCAGUGCCUCUGCCCAAACCCCUGCUAACAGUACUGAGUUGUGGAAAAACAUCAGCAGGGAAACUCAACCUGUUGGAGGAGAUGAUCCUACUGCCUACUGCACCAUACACCGCCAGACAAAUCAUUGGAAUGGGUUUGGAACUCCAGCGAGAGAUAAAGAGAAUGACCAUGACUGCAGCGAGUAAAACAGGGCCUGUAGUACUGGGAGUAUCUGAAGGGGGCGCUCUGCAGCUGAGUUUUGACCGGGCGGAGCAAGCUCUUGAUCUGGUGAUGGAGGCGUGCUUGAACCUGGGGCUCUCGAUCGGCUCAGACCUCCGGCUGGCCAUAAACUGUGCCGCUCACACCCUAAUGGACUAUCCCAGGGGGAAGUAUGAGGUGAUGGCAGGAUGUCUGAAGUCUCCAGAUGAGCUGGUGGACAUGUUAGUGGGGCUGGUCCGUAAAUACCCAGCUAUUGCCGCCCUCAUUGACCCUUUCAGGAAAGAAGAUGUGGAACAGUGGAUGAAGCUGAGCUCUCUGAUUGGCCAGUCAUGCUGUCUGAUUGCAGACAUGGCAUACUGUUACCUACCACGCUGGAGGGAUGCCAAGCCCCUCCCACCAGGAGUCACAUGGCUCACUCUUAGGCACCGCAGUGAGAUGACCCUGACUGACCUCCUCCAUGCAGUUACAGAGCAGAGAGAGGGAGAGACCAUUCUAGCCGCAAGCGGUGACGAGAUCGGUGACGACUCUCUAGUAGAUGUGGCUGUAGGUCUGGGUGUGUCAUUCCUUAAGUUGGGGGGGAUGAGUGGAGGGUGGAGGAUGAACAAGUACAACCGUCUGUUGUGCAUCCAGAUGGAGAUGGAGGAGCAAGAUAUUCUGGCAGAAAUGCGGGAAGUAAAACUGACUGGCAGCAAGUGACCUGGAGGAGCCAGUCCAUGCCCACCAGCUACAGGCUCCACCCAACACUUAACAUAUAUCACAAUGCUUUCUGGCCACCAGCUUCAUGCCACACCCCUUCAUUAGCAUACAUUGCAAUGAUCCCUGACCACCAAUUACAGGCCCCUCCCCUCCAUUAACAUAACAUCACAAUGACUCACUGGCCCUGUUACAACACACCUGACAAUUAACAUACAUCACAAUGGUCCCUGGUCUUCAGGUACAGACCACCCCUUCAUUAACAUGCAUCACAAUAUCCCCAGCAAUCAUCAGUAGGCCCCACCCCACUAUUAACAUUCAUCACAAUGACCCGCCCACCCAGCAACCCAACAGCUAUAGGUCACACCCACCAUUCACAUACAUCACAACGGCCCCCUAAGCUACAAGCACCGACCUCCAUUAACAAACUGAGUUCUAUGUAACAUCAUAAUCUACUCAGUUUGAGGUCCUCAUUCACUGUAAUAUAUUGCUUUCCCUACAUCAGCCCAGUGACAUUUUUUGGUGGUGUUUAUACAUUAGAUAAUUUACUGGACCAAUGUGAAACACUUAUUUAUGGGAAACACUUAACUAUUAUUUAUUACUAGUAAUUUAUUAUUAUUAGUUUAUUACAGUUAUUCAUUACUUUAAAUUUUCAAAAAGAUCAAUUUUUUACAUUCUUUGACUUCAUACUAAGGAAACAGUUGGGAACACUUUAAAUAAGGCCGCUCUUUAUGAGGCCAUACGACUUGGAUUUGAGUCCCUGACACGUCAACUCGCAUUCACAGAUCUUGCUCCCCGUAGUACUCCUGUUGGUCCCAGUAAGGGUAAUAGGUCUCCGCGGAGUCCU